AUGAGAAAACUGAGACCCAAACAGUGAAAAUGACUUGCCCAAGUUUAUGCAGCAGCUAGUAAGUGGCAGAAGAAGGAUUUGAGGCCACCCAGGUCUUCUUGACUCCAAAUCCAGCCUCCUUUCUGAUUUCUUCUGCACCAAGCUACCUCCCCCAUGUCUACUAGUCCAACCCAGAACCUGAACUGGAACCCUGACUGCAGUGCCCCACCAAACUGGUCAUCCAGCCUUGACUUGAGAACUCCCAGCAAAGGUAUUUCAUGCAUGGUGUGUGUCGUGAAGGGAGCCAGUGCUUGUUUUCACAUGACUUAUCAACAAGCAAGCCAUCUACAAUCUGCAAGUUCUACCAGAAAGGCUAUUGUGCCUAUGGAUCUCGUUGCAGGUACGACCACACGAGGCCAGCGGCGGCGGCCAGCAGCGCGGCAGGGGGGGCCGGGCCUCAUGGUCUGCCAUCCCCAAUUUUCCACAGUCCGCACCCUCACCCCGACGUGACUGCGUCUGUGAUGAAAAGCAGCUCCCACGAACCUGGCAAGCGCGAGAAGAGAACACUGGUGCUUAGAGACCGGAAUCUGUGUGGCUUAACUGAAGAAAAGACCAGGCCCUGUGCUGUGAAUGAGCUGGGAGGUUGCAGUGACUCAAACAGUAGCAUGGAGAUGAAGCCUCAUUCCUACUUAGAAGCCAUCCGGAGUGGCCUGGAUGACGUGGAGGCCGGGAGCUCUGACGGUAACGAGCAGCAGCUGUGCCCCUACGCGGCCGCCGGCGAGUGCCACUUCGGUGAUGCUUGUGUCUAUCUCCAUGGCGAUGUUUGUGAGAUCUGUAGGUUACAAGUCCUGCAUCCUUUUGACUCAGAGCAAAGAAAGAUGCAUGAGAAGCUCUGCAUGGCAACCUUUGAACACGACAUGGAGAAAGCCUUUGCUUUCCAGGCAAGUCAGGAGAAAGUGUGUAGCAUCUGCAUGGAGGUGGUCUAUGAGAAACCAUCAGCCUCAGAGAGGAGGUUUGGGAUCCUCUCCAACUGCAGCCACACGUACUGUCUGUCCUGCAUCCGACAGUGGAGGUGCGCCAAGCAGUUUGAGAAUCCCAUCAUCAAGUCCUGUCCAGAAUGCCGAGUAAUAUCUGAAUUUGUGAUCCCAAGUGUAUACUGGGUUGAAGACCAGAAUAAGAAAAAUGAACUGAUCGAAGCAUUUAAGCAGGGAAUGGGGAAAAAAGCCUGUAAAUACUUUGAGCAAGGCAAAGGGACCUGCCCCUUUGGAGGAAAAUGCCUUUAUCUGCAUGCUUACCCAGACGGGACGAGAGCUGAACCUGAGAAACCUCGGAAACAGCUCAGCUCAGAAGGCACUGUGAGGUUCUUCAAUUCUGUCCGGCUUUGGGAUUUUAUUGAGGAUAGAGAAAGCCGACACAUCCCAGCUACUGAGGAAGAUGAUGUAACUGAACUCGGUGACCUUUUCAUGCACCUUUCAGGAGUGGAAGAGUCUGCCUCGAAUCCUUGAGAGUGAACUGAAUCCCCCUCCCUCACUCCCUCCCCAAUCCCUUGCCACACCAUACCCUAGGCUCUCUGCCGGACCAGGCCUGUGUGUUUAGAGAAGGGUGUGCUGCAGAGUUCUACAUUUACUGCAACAGUACUUGAUGUGUCACUUGGAUUAAGUGAGGUUGUGUUAAACCUUUGUCUGAUCCAGUCUCCAUUAUUACAGCAAUGGAAACAUUGAAGGAUAUAAAAUAAAAAAUUAACAGAAGUAUAUGUAAUCUCCAUUUUCAUGGUUAAUUAAUUCUUUAGUUACUUUUAAGCCUCUGUAUGGCUGAGCGCUGAAGACCAGACUUGCUAAGAGGUUCAUCAGCAGGUUGAUCACAGCAUCUCUUGGAAGAUUAUCUACUGUAAAAUCAGAAAGGAAUUAGGACCUUUCCUGGCAGAGAUGGCACUCAUACUGAUAAAUGACAACUCCUUGAGAGAGUCCAUCCAGCCAUUCAUGCACAUAGUCCCUGCCUGGUUGAUGGUUUCUUGGUGGAGGAAAAACACAGUGGACAGAGUGGCAACAAAAAAGUGGCUUUUCUGUUUUCUGCAUCUUUUUGCCAUUUGUGGCUUAGUGUAUCCAUAUAAGCAAAACCCAAUAUCUGAAAAUCCAGAUUUACAAAGUGAAUUUAAUAAUGAGGCAACUUCUUUGCAUCCCUCCCCCUUGUACCAUCUACCUUCCCUCAGGCAUUUUAAAUUAUUUGAAUUUCAAAAAUCUAAUUUUACAUCUUUUCAAACACACAUGUCAUAAAAUAACGUAUACUUGCAGUGUAAAACUUUAAUUUGAGUUUGCCUAUUAAAGCUAUUUUGAUUUCUUA